AAAGUAUAUUUUCUUGCUGUUAUAAAGAGCAAUAUAACCAAGAUCAAUAACUACUCAGCAAAAUGGAUCAGAAAAUGGAAGUUGAUGACAGUACAGUUAAUCAUGAAGGAAUCAAACAGUAUUACAUUAGUAAAAUUGAAGAAUUACAGUUAGUAAAUACAGAAAAGACACAGAAUUUAAGAAGAUUAGAGGCCCAAAGAAAUGAAUUAAAUGCUAAAGUUCGAAUGUUGAGAGAAGAAUUACAACUUCUACAAGAGCAAGGAUCCUAUGUUGGUGAAGUGGUUAAAGCAAUGGACAAGAAAAAAGUUUUAGUUAAGGUGCAUCCAGAAGGAAAGUUUGUGGUAGACUUAGACAAAAAUAUAGAUAUCAAUGAUGUAACACCAAACUGUAGAGUGGCACUGAGAAAUGACAGUUAUGCUCUUCAUAAAAUAUUACCUAAUAAGGUUGAUCCAUUAGUGAGUUUGAUGAUGGUGGAGAAAGUUCCAGAUUCCACAUAUGAGAUGGUUGGAGGAUUAGAUAAACAGAUUAAAGAGAUCAAAGAAGUUAUAGAAUUGCCUGUUAAACAUCCAGAACUAUUUGAGGCAUUAGGAAUAGCACAGCCAAAGGGUGUCCUUUUAUAUGGACCUCCAGGUACAGGAAAGACAUUACUGGCUAGAGCUGUAGCCCAUCAUACAGAAUGUACCUUUAUCAGAGUCUCAGGGUCUGAAUUGGUUCAGAAGUUUAUUGGUGAAGGAUCCAGAAUGGUUAGAGAGUUAUUUGUUAUGGCAAGAGAGCAUGCUCCUUCAAUUAUUUUCAUGGAUGAAAUUGAUUCGAUUGGAUCAUCACGUCUGGAGGGAGGAUCUGGUGGAGACAGUGAAGUACAGAGAACUAUGUUAGAAUUAUUGAAUCAGUUAGAUGGAUUUGAACCAAAACAAAAUAUCAAGGUUAUAAUGGCAACAAACAGAAUAGAUAUAUUAGAUUCAGCUUUAUUACGACCUGGAAGAAUUGACAGAAAAAUAGAAUUUCCCCCACCAAAUGAAGAAGCCAGAGCAGAUAUCUUGAAAAUUCACUCUAGAAAAAUGAAUUUAACUAGAGGAAUAAAUCUCAGAAAAAUAGCUGAAAUGAUGCCUGGAGCUUCUGGUGCUGAGGUCAAGGGAGUGUGUACAGAAGCUGGAAUGUAUGCUUUGAGAGAAAGAAGAGUACAUGUCACACAAGAAGAUUUUGAAUUAGCUGUAGCUAAGGUUAUGCAGAAAGAUUCAGAGAAGAAUAUGUCCAUCAAGAAACAAUGGAAGUAGUGCUAAUAGACAUAUACAUAACUUUAUGUCAUCUCUGAUAUCAUUUGUCAUUUAUGUCAGAUAUAAAUUAAACAUGUUUCACGUUG